AAAACAGGGAAUAAACUUCACUUCCAAUUCAACCUCUCCCCUCGACAUUUUUCUUCAACAAAUCCUCUCCUCCAAGCCAAGUCUAAACCAACACCCCUCUCUCUCUCUCUCUCUCUCUCUCUCUCUCCUCUGAAUGUUUCCUAUAAAAUCCAGUCAACUUCAACCAUGUCUUCCCAAUCCCAACCACCUCAUUCACCUCGUGCACCUCGCCUCCACUCACAACCCCACACGUGUACUUUCCCCAUUAAUUAAUCACAAACAAUUAAACAAAACAACCUGUCCCCGCCCUCCACACCAUCACCAUGCUAAAGAAACUCAAAAGAAGAGUCACAAAAAUCAUCACAAAACCAUUCAAGCAAAAACCCAAAAAAACCCAACCUCAACCUCAACCUCCCCUUUCUCCUUCCCCUUCCCCUUCACCACCGCCUCCCUCUCCUCCUCCUCCUCCUCCCACCACCAUGCCACCGCCAAGGGAAACCCGAACCCACCCGUUUCGCUUCCCCCAAACCCAAUCCACCGUCCUCCCCGACCCGGCCCGAUUCUUCUCCCCCAACCUCCUCUCCUCCCCUCUCCCCACCAACUCCUUCUUCCAAAACUUCGUCCUCAAAAACGGCGACCAGCCCGAGUACAUCCACCCCUACCUCAUCAAAUCCUCUCUCUCCUCCCUCUCUCUCUCCUACCCGUCUCAGUUCUCCUCCCCCGCCUUCACUUACCAGGUCUUCACCCCUGACCUCACCAUCUCUUCCGCAAACAACACAAACCCUAGCUCCCCCCACGUGGUCUCUUCCUUCAGCGAUCUGGGCUUGACCCUUGACCUGCCUUCUAGUGGUCUCAGGUUUUUCCUCGUUAGGGGCAGCCCUUACUUGACUUGUGUCGUCUCCAGCAACGUUUCCAUAGCUAUCUCCACCGUCCAUGCCAUUCUUCAGUUCAAUUCCAAUAGCUCUAACACUAAGUACACCAUUACUCUCAAUAAUAAUCAGAAAUGGGUUUUGUAUACUUCUUCGCCGAUUGACUUGCGUAAUGACGUUUCUUCCAUAACUUCAGGUGGGUUUGGCGGGAUUAUACGGAUUGCAAUUUUACCGGAUUCUGAUCCUAAGUCUGAAGCAAUCCUAGAUCAAUUCAGUUCUUGUUAUCCGGUAUCCGGUGAAGCUGUUUUCGCUAAGCCAUUUUGUUUGGAGUACAAGUGGGAUAAGAAAGGGUGGGGAGACUUGCUCAUGCUUGCCCACCCUCUCCAUGUCCGGCUUCUUGCUGGUAACGAAUGUGGAAUGACUGUUUUGGACAAUUUCAAGUACAAAAGUAUUGAUGGUGAGCUUGUGGGCAUUGUUGGAGAUUCAUGGCUAUUGAAAUCUGACCCUGUUUCUGUUACUUGGCAUUCUAUUGGAGGUGUCAAAGAAGAAUCAUAUCCUGAAAUUAUUGAUGCACUUGUCAAAGAUGUUGGGGCUUUAGAUGCAGCCUCAAUAUCGACAAAUUCAUCUUAUUUUUAUGGAAAACUUGUUGCAAGAGCAGCAAGGUUAGGUUUAAUUGCUGAGGAGUUGUCUUAUGUUGAUGUAAUCCCAAGUAUCCGGAAGUACUUAAAGAAUACAAUUGAGCCAUGGUUAAACGGAACUUUUGGGCCGAACGGAUUCUUGUAUGAUGCCAAGUGGGGUGGGAUUGUGACUCAACUAGGGUCUUUGGAUUCUGGUGCAGAUUUCGGGUUUGGUCUCUAUAAUGAUCACCAUUACCAUUUGGGCUAUUUUCUUUACGGAAUUGCAGUACUAGCAAAGAUUGAUCCGGCUUGGGGGAGAAAGUACAGGCCUCAAGCUUAUUCACUUAUGGCAGAUUUCAUGAACUUGGGUAGGCGUGGGAAUUCAUCGUAUCCCCGGUUGAGGUGUUUUGAUUUGUGGAAAUUACAUUCAUGGGCUGGAGGGUUAACUGAAUUCGGAGAUGGGAGAAAUCAAGAGAGCACAAGUGAGGCUGUGAACGCGUACUACUCCGCAGCUUUGAUGGGGUUGGCUUAUGGGGACACCCACCUUGUUGCCGUUGGAUCCACACUCUCAGCAAUGGAGAUUCAUUCGGCUCAAACGUGGUGGCACGUGAGAGAAAGAGAUACUUUAUAUCCACAAGAUUUUACAAGGGAGAAUAGGGUAGUGGGGGUUUUAUGGGCUAACAAGAGGGACAGUGGUCUUUGGUUUGCUCCGCCCGAGUGGAAGGAAUGCAGGCUGGGGAUUCAGCUGCUGCCGUUGUUGCCUAUUUCUGAGGUUUUGUUUUCUGAAAUCAGUUUUGUGAAAGAGCUGGUGACGUGGACGUUGCCGGCCUUGGCAAGAGAGGGAGUUGGAGUAGGGUGGAAGGGGUUUUUGUAUGCAUUACAAGGGGUUUAUGAUAAAGAGGGUGCUUUGGGUCAGAUUAGAAACUUGAAUGGUUUUGACGACGGGAACUCGCUUACGAAUCUUUUGUGGUGGAUUCACAGUAGAGGUGGUGAUGAAGAAGAAGGGUGUGAGGGGGGAGGGAAGUUCUGCUGGUUUGGUCACUACUGUCAUUGAAAUGGUAAGUUCUUGAGUACUUGAGGGUGGCCUUGAAUAAGAGGAUUUGUGUAUGAUGCUGAGUAUUUCCAAGGCUUCAACCAUUCCUUCUGAGAAUAACUAUAUUAUUUUUGAUUACUUUCCUCAUAUCGUUUUAUACACCUUGUAUUUGUUUUUUCUGUUUUUGGGCUCUUUCUCUGCAGACAGGUUGAAGCUAGCCCUUGGCCAGUCAUGUUAUCGGUCCCAUGACUACUUGCGUUGUUUGAACUGGACCUUGUAUUGUUUACAUGCCUAAAAAUGAUAUGGAUCAUUUUGCGUUUCUUCUGAA